UGCACGUCAGGGGCAGCAGGCAGCCCUGUGUGGGGGUGUGUCAGCGUCCCUGGGGCAGGAGAGGGGACCAGAGCCUGCCUGGGCUCUCCUGGGUGAGCAGGGACUUCCCUGGCGGGGCCGAGGCUGCAGGAGGGAGCAGCUCAGCUUCCUGUCCCACCGAGGGGCUGCCAGCUUGCCUUCUCUGCCCCUCCCAGCAGGUCAAAAUCUCCAGGUUGAUCGGGAGAAGCCGAGUGACACCGGUCGGGCUCAGCGCGCCAGGAGCAGCGGAGCCGGCGCCGGGUCUGUGCUGCUGUGUGGGAAGGUGGCAGGAUGGCUCGGAAGAUGAGCAUCAACGAGCUGGAGAACCAGCUGCUGUGUCCCAUCUGCCUGGAGGUCUUCAAGGAGCCUCUGAUGCUGCAGUGUGGACAUUCCUACUGCAAGUCCUGCGUGGUGUCCCUCUCAGGAGAGCUGGAGGGGCAGUUCCUGUGCCCCGUGUGCCGCCAGAGGGUGGACUGCAGCACCUCGCCACCCAACGUCACGCUGGCCCGUGUCAUCGAGGCGCUGCAGAGCUGGGCUGAGGCAGAGCCCACCCCAGAGUCCUGCCCAACCCAUCACAACCCCCUCAGCCUCUUCUGCGAGGCCGACCAAGAGGUGAUCUGCGGGCUGUGCGGCACCAUCGGCACCCACCGCCAGCACAAGAUCACCCCCAUCUCCACGGCCUUCUGCCGGAUGAAGGAGGAGCUCUCAGUGCUGCUGACUGAUGUCCGGCAGUACAAGAGGAGCCUGGACGAACACUUCAGCAAGCUCACCAACAACAAAAGCCGCAUCGCAAACGAGGCAGAUGUCUUCAAGUGGGUGAUCCGGAAGGAGUUCCAGGAGCUGCACAGGUACAUCGACGAGGAGAAGGCUACCUUCCUGGAGAGCAUUGAGGGGAAAGCAGCCCAGCUCAUCACCUCUAUUGAGUCCCAGCUCAAGCAGACAUCGGAUGCCCUGCAGAGGCUUAAGGAGAUGCAGAGCUCUCUGGAGGCCCUCAGCAAUGAAGGCCAACUUGAUUUUGUCCGGAAAUAUGGCUCCUCCCACUUCAGGUCAGAGCUCCCCAGCCUGCACCCCGGAGAUGGCAUCUUUAGCCCCGUGUCCUUCAAGCCAUGUUUCCACCAAGAUGACAUAAAGAUGACCGUGUGGAAGCGCCUGCACCGCCGUGUCCUGCCAGCUCCAGAGAUGCUGAAGCUGGACCCAGUGACAGCUCAUCCCCUCCUGGAGCUCUUCAAGGGGGACACGGUCGUGCAGUGUGGGCUCUACCAGCGCCGGGACAGCAACCCCAAGCGUUUCGACUCCAGCAACUGCAUCCUCACCUGCAAGGGCUUCUCCUGCGGCCAGCACUACUGGGAGGUGAUCGUGGGCGCCAGGAGCCACUGGCGCGUGGGCAUCAUCAAGGGCACGGUCAGCCGCAAAGGGAAGCUCAGCAAGUCUCCUGAGAACGGUGUGUGGCUCAUCGGCCUGAAGGAAGGGAAGGUCUACGAGGCGUUCAGCAGCCCGCGGGCCACGCUGCCGCUCACGGCCCGGCCCCAGCGCAUCGGCGUCUACCUGCACUACGAGAAGGGCGAGCUGACCUUCUUCAACGCCGACAGCCCCGACGAGCUCAGCCCCAUCUACACCUUCCAGGCCGAGUUCCAGGGCCAGCUCUACCCCAUCGUGGACCUGUGCUGGCCGGACCGAGGGCCCUACUCCCCGCCCAUCAUCCUGCCCGCACCUGCCAGCCCGCAGCCCCGGGCCCCGCACACCCCCCCCGGGCCCGCGGGAAGCCGUGAGGCCAUAGCCCGGCCAGCGGGACGGGGCUGCGGCCGGGGAGGGCUGUGCCUGAACCGAGGCACCGCAGGAGGGGAUAGGCAGGCUUGUCCUGAGGCAGAAGCCGUGCAACGGAGCCUCAGCAGCACGGGAGGGCCCUUCCCCGCUCCUCUAAGAGCACAAACGUCAGCCCUCACCUCUGAGCAGCAGCCGCCUGGAAAGUGUCAGCUGUGGGUCUUUGCUGGCGUGUCUUUCUGCUGAAUAAAGGAAGCCUGUGCUGCAGGCUGUGCUGCUG